UUUCCAGCCAUUGGCCUGAGGGCUCCCAGAGCAAUGGAUGUAAAGGGGAUCUGCUUGCUCUUUGUCAUCCUUGCUGUAGCCCUCAUCAGCUCAACAGAAGGAAAACCACCAUCAAAAUGCCAGUGCAAAGUAGCUGCCAGAGAGCGGAAGAACUGCGGUCCCCCAGGAAUCUCAGCAGCAGCCUGCAGGAAAGCUGGGUGCUGCUUCAAUGCGUCAGUGCCUGGCGUCCCCUGGUGCUUCACUGCUAAACCAAAGAAAGUUAAGAAAGUGUGUCCUGCUGAUCCUCGUAUCCGAGUGAACUGUGGCUACCCUGGCAUCACAGCUAAGGAGUGCUUAAGCAGGAGAUGCUGCUUCCGGCCACGUCCUGCUGGUGUCCCCUGGUGCUUCUACCACCGCACGGUUGAAGAAGGUUGUUAAAGUAGAAACUUGCUGAAGAACCUGCUCAACUGGGAAAUAACAGCCAGAUAUCCCAGCUCCAACUUUCUGUUUGUAACAACGAUUUCUAGGUGAUUAUUUCUUCAUUCUGAAGAAAAUAUAACCACAACUUUUAUUCUCUCAGUAGGGUAGUACGUACAGUUUUUCAACGUAA